UGAAUUUUACAACAAUCUAUGGAGGUUUAUAAUACUAAUAAUAUAAGAAACACAAUAAGAGAUGUUAUAGUUAACAAGUAUUUAAAAAAAGAAUCUGAUUAUGAGGCUUGUUGCUGGAAAUUUUUGAAUUCUGAUAUGUUUAUAUCCAAUAAAGAUUAUACACGUUAUCAGCUAAUAAUAAUGAUAAAUCAAGAAGAUAAGCUUAAAUACUUUUAUAUUUUGUAUUGGCUUUUAUUUUUUGAUGCACGAACAUAUCCACAAACAUAUAAACUUAUAAAGGAUAAAGGAUCAUUUCAAUCAUUGAUUAAUACUACCUGGAAACGGUUUCAAGAAUUCCCAGAAUUACAUAAACUUGGAUUAAAACUUCUUUGUGAAAUAUGCAAAGUACAUCAUCUUACAUCAGACGAGUUAUUUUUUAUACAUGAAGAAUUUCUUUGUUUUAUUUUUGAAUUAAUUGAGAAAAAUACAUGCUAUGAGGAUCCAUAUACUCUUUCUGCUAUAAAGCUUAUCCUUGUCAUUAAUGAACAGUAUAUUAUAAAAUCACUACCUUCUCAUUUACAAAAUUCAUCAUCUGACGCAUCAAGAAACAUUGAAAAUGAAUCACCUGUGAAUCUUGUUAUGAAUAUUCUUAAAAAAAAAGGAGAUAUAUAUAAAACUUUUGGAGAAAAUAUAAUAUUUAUAUUAAAUAGGGAAAAAGACGUAUGGUUACAGUUUUUGAUUUUAAGGCAACUAUAUCUUUUAUUUACUACUAAAGAGACGCUUGAAUAUUUUUAUACUAAUGAUCUGAAAGUUUUAGUAGAUGUCUUUAUUCAAAAAUUGUAUAAUCUUCCUGAAAACAACAAAAAGCUUUAUCAUGCAUAUCUUCGUGUCUUUUAUUAUUUACUUAAGAAUACUCAACUAAAAAAUCCACCUUAUUAUAAACAAGAUCAACUUCAGAAGCUAUUUAAAACAUUAAAAGAUGUUAUAGAAUAUCAACAUAAUAAAUCUGCUAAUUCUAUCACUGAGAAAUUAUUAUUAAGAUGUAUUAAAAUAAGUUGGAUAAGAAACGAUGAAUUAGAAAACAAUAUUUUGUUUUCUACUAAUUGGAGCAAUAAAUCAGAUAGCAGUUUUAUAGAAGUUUCAACCAAUAACGACUGUAUUUUUUCGAAUUCAAAUAGAGUGUAA